CAAGUGGGCGUGGUUUGUGUACAGGAAACGUUUGUUUGCCUUUCGUAGCGACCGGAGCUUGAACGGCUCGAUUACCACAAUAAUUUCCAUGAAUUGCAUUGAGAACUAAAAGGUGAAGAUGCAGCAAGAUACAAACGAUCUGGCAAGCUUCGGCAUUUGGGAGUGGCGAGAUUCACUUCAGGAUCUCGAGUUUAAACCAAACCAUGCCAUAUUGAAACGAUUAGAACUUUCAGACACAAUGUCAACAGGAACUGCCGUUCACAUGCAUCUCAGAUACCAAGAGCCAGAGAAGAAUCGCAAAAGAGAAAUGUUUGAGUACAUGCCUUGGCUUCCUAGCUGUGUUCCAUUUGGGCAUCCAGAUCAUACCAAACAAUUUGCUCAGGUGUUAGCCAGCCAGUUUGCAAAGUCCACCAAUGAUUCAAGAUUGAGAAUUGUCAGCAAACUUGCACACGGUGAUGGCCAACCUAGACGAAAGGAGAGUCAAACUCAAAAAACUCGUGCGAAUGAAGAAGUACAACAGCUUGCAACAAACGUGGCAAAUGUAACUAAACUGGAGCAUGGUGGAGGCCAUAAUAGAUCAACAGAGAGUCAGACUCAAAGAAACGACGCCAAGGAAGAAGCUAAACAACCAGCAACGAAAGUAACACUUGAUCAUAUCAAAGCUGUGGCUUUGUCAAGAUUAAGCACUAGAUGUAGACGUAGGAAAAAGUCGUUGCCAUUAAAAUUUGAAGAUCUUAUCAACAAAACUCAGUUUGAUGACAUGUUGCGGUCAACGUUAAUAUACAUUGACAGCUUUCUAAAGUUGAAAGUACUGGAAAAGAAGGAAUUGCAGCAAAAGAAAGAGAACAUGGUUACAGCAAUUGAGGAUAAGAUGGCCAUUAUCGAUGGUAGAGCAGACAAAGAGAUCAAGCAUAGACUUCUCGGAGAGAAAUAUUGUAUGCUUGUCCUCGGAUUUGAAAUUCCUGCAUAUCAUCACACAGAAACUGGAAAAUGGAGAACGUCAAAAACGCGUGCUGACAGAACUCUGUAUGAGGCUAUCUAUGAAUUUCUUGUCUUGGCAACAUGGCUUACAUUUAGACAACAACACUGGCAAUGGAUAUGUGAAGAGUUGGGCAGAAUCUUUCGCUCAGAUUUGUUUAACGUUCAAAAGCGUCUGUGUGGAAGCAGUUCCUGGGAAGACAAUGAGGACAUUCCGUGGAGCUCUCGAUCACCUUUUCUAAGACCAUACAACAGUUCCAAAAAAGAAAAACGCCGGUAUUGUGCUCUGAUCAGUGGUCAUACACCCAUUCUUGCCUCUGUUCUGCCAACAACAAAGGAAGCAGCUGCUUGGCUAUUUUCUAGCUAUCUAGAAAGACAGAAGCGUUCUCGUUCAUGCCCGCCUUCUUUGCCAUCAAGAGAACAACGACCAAGUUUUCCAAGCAGACUUGGUAUUAUUGGUGAGCCUCUCUGCACAUUUGACGUGAAUACUUUGUCAUUGGUUCAUUUGGAAGACUGUGAUGGCAGUGGUGGUUCAUCUGUUCAGUUCCCCAACCUUUCAGAAAAUUAAUUAUCAACAAACAAAUGGCAAAUCAAGUAUUUUUGCUAGUCUGAAUAAUUUUAGUUUUCUACACAGCAAAACUGUUUUACUUUUUUCAUUAAUUAAUAGCAGUUAUUGAAUUGGUAUUGCAGAUUAAGUAACGCAUGUGGUUUUGA